GCAACUUUCGAGAGCAUCGCAUCAACGUUAAGAAACCGCACACUCACGUCCGCUUCCUCGACGUGUACCGUAAAUACGAGCUGUGUCAAGCCCUACGAUUCGAGCUUCAGCGCCUAUCGAAAGUCGCUGCAACCGCCGACGCGCCUGCCGAAAUCUGCACGAGAUCAUUUGAACGCUACCCUCUCGACCUCGACCACGCACACGACCUGCGAAACCGUACGAAUCAAUAAUCAAACGCGCAAAUCAACCCGUCAACAUGACGAGCACAAUUGGUAUCCCGAUCAAGCUUCUCAACGAAGCCGCUGGACACAUCGUCACGCUCGAAAUCACUUCUGGCGAGGUCUACCGUGGCAAGCUCAUCGAAGCCGAAGACAACAUGAACGUGCAGUUGAAGGAUAUCACUGUGACCGCGCGCGAUGGCCGUGUGUCGCAUCUUGAGCAGGUCUACAUCAGAGGCAGUCAUGUCCGAUACUUCAUCGUUCCGGAUAUGCUGAGAAACGCACCUAUGUUCCGAUCAAGAGGAACACGAGGCCGUGGUGUUGGUCUGGCUCGCGGUCGCGCUACAGUCAUCAGGGCGAGGGCCAGCGGAGGCCGAGGUGGACGACCUUGAAAGGGUCGGAAUGUUAAGGAUGCUGAAUAGAGGAAAAGCCUAGACAGAACAUACCCCGCGCGGAGAGCAUGCGUAAGGAAGAUCAUGAUAGUCCUACGGCAAUGUCGGACCAGUUGAAGAAUCAUAUAUUGGCUAUGAUACGAUCGAGGUUGCGAGAUUCGUGUAAUUGCUGUCAGCGCUUCCGUGAGACUGAUCCUAAGAAGCUGUAUUCUCCUGUAGCCACAAUCGACAGUGUUCUUAAAGAUGCGCAGUUUCACACAUGAUAGUGGGGCACCGAGACCUCCGAACUCCGCAUUGGAGCGUCCUGA